CUCAACUCUUCAAUAGGAGCUAACAUGUAAACAGAGAAGCUAGCAUCAAGGGCUGCGGAAGUUACAAAUAAAUAAAUAAGAUUUCGUUUUUCAUAGACGCAGUUACACAACUAAAAAACUACAAUUCCCAAGCAUCCGCUUGAUGACCGUGGUUACGUAAUGAUUCCUCGCUCCUCCAGUCUCACCGACUGUUUGCUAAGUGGGCUAGCUCCACCAAAAGUGGGGGUAAUGGACAGAUGCACCCGCUAACAUCAGCGAAAUAAUCCGCCUGACCCGUUAUCAAUCUCCUUAUAACCACAGCCAUGUUUGGGAGGUCACGGAGCUGGGUCGGAGGACAGGGGAAAUUGAAAAAUAUCCAUUCCCUGGAUCAUUUAAAGUACAUGUACCAUGUCUUGACCAAAAACACGACAGUGACAGACCACAACCGCAACCUCCUGGUGGAGACUAUACGCUCCAUCACAGAGAUCCUUAUCUGGGGGGACCAGAAUGACAGCUCUGUUUUUGACUUCUUCCUAGAGAAGAACAUGUUUGCCUUCUUCCUGAACAUCCUGCGGCAGAAAUCAGGACGCUAUGUGUGCGUUCAGCUUCUCCAGACUCUUAAUAUACUCUUUGAGAACAUCAGACACGAAACCUCUCUGUAUUACCUAUUAUCAAACAACCAUGUGAACUCCAUCAUCGUCCACAAGUUUGACUUCUCAGACGAGGAGAUCAUGGCCUACUAUAUCUCCUUUCUCAAGACACUGUCGCUCAAACUCAACAAUCACACGGUGCACUUUUUCUACAAUGAGCACACUAAUGACUUUGCCCUGUACACCGAGGCCAUAAAGUUCUUCAACCACCCUGAAAGCAUGGUCCGCAUCGCAGUCCGCACGAUCACCCUCAACGUGUACAAAGUGGACAACCAGCACAUGUUGCAUUACAUAAGAGAUAAGACAGCGGUGCCAUAUUUCAGCAACUUGGUCUGGUUCAUCGGCAGCCAUGUCAUUGAACUGGACAAAUGCGUGCAGACAGAUGAAGAGCACAAAAACCGAGGCAAGUUAAGCGACCUGGUAGCUGAGCACCUUGACCACCUCCACUACCUGAAUGACAUCCUCAUCAUUAACUGUGAAUUCCUCAAUGAUGUUUUGACUGACCACCUUCUCAACCGCCUGUUCUUACCGCUUUAUGUGUUCUCAUUGGUUAGCCAAGAAACACAUGAAGAGCGAAAGAUCAACCCUCAGGUGUCCCUCUACCUGCUGUCACAAGUGUUUCUGAUCAUCCAUUAUCGACCCCUUGUCAACACCCUGGCCGACGUCAUUCUCAAUGGAGACCUGUCUGUCUUCAUCCCACAGACAGGACAUCACAACACACAAAAGAACACAGCUAGUUCCGGAGGGGUGCGUUGCUUCACCAAGCCACCAGAAUCUUUGGAGCGCUCGCUGGAGCUCUCCCGCCACCGUGGCCGUAAGAGAAUCCAGAAGAGGCCAAACUACAAGAAUCUGGGCGAAGAGGAUGAUGACGGGGGUGCCGGGGGAGGAGGAAGCUCCAGCCGGGAAGGGGCAGAUGAGGGCUGGGACGAUAGCGGCCGAGGAGGAGAGGGAGGCCGAGAGAGGGAGAAGGGAAAAGGUACAGAGGUUGUAGGAGCAUGUGGGAGUUCUAAGGGAAGCAGAGCAAGUGGGGAAACGGCGGAAGAAAUAGAGAUGGUGGUGAUGGAGACAUGUAAAGUGUCGGAGUUGACUGAGCAGAACAUCACGGAUGAAGAGAAGACCGCAGCAGCCACCCGCGCGCACACACAGAGAAGCAGGCCUUUCUUAGAAAUGGUGUACAGUGCCCUAGACUGCACCAGUGAUGACUACCACGCCCUGUUUGUCCUCUGCCUUCUCUAUGCAGUUUCACACAGCAAAGGUAUAAACCGUGACCUUCUGGAACGACUGCAGUUGCCAGUUCCUGACCAGGAAAGAAGCUCCUACAGUUUAGUACUUGCAGAGAGGUUGAUCAGAGUAAUGAGCCAGGCAGCACAGCCAGAUGGUAGAGUACGUCUGGCUACUCUGGAGCUCAGCUGUCUUUUAUUAAAGCAGUCCGUGUUGUCUGGAAGUCCGUGUAUAAUCAAAGAUGUUCAUCUGGCCUGUCUGGAGGGGGCGAGAGAAGAAAGUCUUCACUUACUGCGGCGAUUUUACAAGGGCGAGGAGAUCUUUUUGGACAUGUUUGAAGAUGAAUACAGGAGCAUGACGAGUAAACCGCUGAAUGUGGAGUAUCUAAUGAUGGAUGCCUCUAUACUGCUGCCACCCACUGGCACACCUCUGACUGGCAUCGACUUCGUCAAGAGGCUGCCUUGUGGUGAUGUAGAAAAGACACGCAGGGCCAUACGUGUGUUCUUCAUGCUCCGGUCACUAUCACUGCAGCUUCAAGGAGAACCAGAGACACAGCUGCCUCUGACCAGACCCGAAGACCUUAUUAAGACUGAUGAUGUCUUAGACCUCAAUAACAGCGACUUAAUAGCAUGUAUGGUGGUCAGUAAAGAUGGCGGCCAGGCUCAAAGGUUCCUCUCUGUAGACGUGUAUCAGAUGAGUUUGGUCGAACCAGAAACCAAACGCCUUGGAUGGGGUAUCGUCAAGUUUGCCGGCCUAUUGCAGGACAUGCAGGUGUCUGGCGUUGAAGAUGACAGCAGAGCUUUAAACAUUGUCAUACAUAAGCCCAGCUCAAACCCCCACGCCAAGCCGUUGCCGAUCCUACAGGCCAAUUUCAUCUUUGCCGACCACAUCCGCUGCAUCAUUGCCAAGCAGAGACUGGCCAAAGGUCGCAUCCAGGCCCGACGGAUGAAAAUGCAGAGAAUAGCAGCUCUUUUGGACCUGCCUGUGCAGCCAAGUACCACAGAGGUGCUGGGUUUCGGUCAGACAGCCCACGCCUCCCCCAGCGGUCUCCCUUUCCGUUUUUAUGAGCAGUCGAGACGAGCGCCCAAUGACCCCACGGCCAACAGAGCACUCUUCGCCUCUGUUGAUAAAGUCCCAGGCUUUGCGGUGGCUCACUGUGUAUCACAACACACCCCCUCUCCUCUCUCCUCCCCUUCAACUCCCUCCAGUGGGAGUGGAAGCACAGGACGAUGCGACUCUGUUACGACGAGCACAAUUUCUGCUCAGAGCCCCACAGAUGACUGCACAUUCUUGGAGAAUACCCCUCCCUCCUCAGCAUGCGGAGAAGGAGAGGUAGGCGCUGUGGACUUAUCGAGCGCCCCCUCGACCCAAGUCCCGCCGCCGACACUGGCCCCCAGUCUCACCCCGGCCUCCCAGCCCACGAUCUCCCUCCUCACCGACAGCAACACCGACACGCUGAGCGUGGAAUCGUUGACGUUGCUGCCCCCUGCGGACUCGCCGCACCUCCACCCUUGCACCAAUCUCCUCGCUGCCCCUGCUUCCCUUCUCAUGAGACUGGAUGAGGAGAGUGAUAAAGAGAGAGAGGAAGAAGGGAAAGGAGAGCAGGAGGCGGAAGUCUCGCCGAUGGAGCACACAGAGGCAGAUGGAAUGGUAAAAGAGGAUCUAAAUACGGAGGCACUCCUAGCCACCCAUGACGCAAUAGAGGAUCCACUGGGUGAAGAUGAGCCAGAGGAUAAGAGCUCCGUUGUGAGGAACUCACAGCAGCUGGAGGAAGCGAGAGCUUCAAAAUCUUUAGCGGAAACAGAAGAUGUGGAAAAGCACACGGAAACACCCGACUCACCCGAACUGGACUAACAACACAUUAUUACUGGUGCACUUGAACCAUUUCACACUCAUGCAGACUACAUUGACAUGUUGAAUCACCCAGUUUGGCUCUGGGCUGUUUUCAUGCUGCAACCUGCAAGUAGUGUGUGACGUCAGUCUUUCCGUUUGCACACAAAGAAAAUCAAGACACACUGACGGAACUGAUGGAAGGCUCAAAGCACAUUUGGGUUCAUCGGUUUUGCAUACAAUGAGUUCUAGGACGCGUCAAAGUGUGUAACCAGCAGCUUUUUUUUACUCCUGAAUGAUGGGAUUGUAACAUGCGUUACUGCUGCUGAUGUGAGAUUUUAAAAGAUCUGAUCUAUUUUUUAUGUCUCAUGUUCACAUAGCCACUGAAUUUUUGUGAGAAAAAUAUAUACACACAUUGCUGCACAAGCCUUUUUAUGCACUGUUGUAUUUGUGCAGGCUCAAAGGAUUCAUCGUGGAUGUAUGUGUGCUGGUUACGUCUUAAUUAGCCCAUAUGUGAAAUAACAUUAUUUCCCACUGAACUAGUUGCUUUUGUAUGAAAGUAAGCUGCAGUACGCUAAUGUUGCACUUCUGUUUCAAAAUAGCCCUGCAGGUACAGUUUUGAAUUAGAGAUAUAGAAUCUGAUUAUUUAAAAAAAAAAAAAAAAAAAAAAAGAAUAAUAAAAAUCUCAGCCAACUUCCUGGAUUGUGCUUGCAGCAUUUAUAAGUUUUUGGGGAACAGUUAAAGACGGUUGAGCGUGUAUUAUCACUCAUAUCUGCAAAUGUAAUCUUUAGUUUCACAUGAUUCCUUGUCGUGUGCUUUAUUUGGAAGCCGGCAGACACAGUUAGAUCAUAAGCCUGUCAUGUGAAAGAGCAAGAAUGAAGAUUACACUGUAGCAGCACGCUACUGUAAGUGGUUUAAUUGGUGGUUUAACAAGUUGGUCUUUUGUCCAACCUUGUGUCACAUGAAGCCAUCUUUCAUUGAAUGUAUCUGCUUAAUUCUCCUUCACAGAGCUGACCUGAGCUCAGUUUAACCAUCAAGAUAAGAAUGGCAAGAAUAUCUGAAAAUGUAUCACUAGAUGACACAUUACCGCUCAAACGAUAUUCUCAUCAGACCUGCUUACAGUGACUAGCAAAGUCCCCAUUAUUUAACAUAACAGCUUGUUUUUGCUGAGCAGAUCUUUAUAACUGCAAUAAACAGUAAAAGAUGAAAGGUUUUUGUGGUCAAAGACAAAUGUAACCCACAGCUUCUCCCUCCAAUUGCGACAUUAGCAAAUAAAAGCUAAAAAGAGCUUUCUGUCUUAAGGCUUUAUUUGUAAAAACAAGGAUUAUUGACUUUCCAUCUCUCAUCUUCUGUGCCAUCAUCUGACUUGUUCAUCAUCAAUUUACAGUUGAUUUAGUAAUUGAGAAAUUUAGAGCAAUAUUACCCCCCACCCCCAUCUUGCUGCUGUGAAUAGCACCGCAGUAAUCGUGAGGGUAUGCUUAAAGAAAUCUGGCAGAAAGAGCAUUUAGGCACUGGAAUAUCUGGAGGCACUUUUGUUCUCCAUCUUAGAGAUGUGUCGCCUUGGCAACAUCUACCUGAAAAUGCCAUGACAAGCUGCCAUGAGGUUGUCUCUGAUUGUAGUGUAUGUGCGUGUGUGUGAGCGCUGUAAAUGCUUCUGCCUUUUAAAAAUGUAAGUAUUGUUAAUGAUUUUGAAACAGGAAUAAAUAAAGAGCUGCAAUAAAUUAUUCUACCUAACAACA